UCUCUCUACUUUCAUUUCGCUUAGCUUGAAAGGCUAAAACCCUUCUCUCUACCAGUCAACUGCUAUGGCACCCUCCUUUCUCAGCAUUGUCUCCUUAUACGGUAUCUAUCUCCGCCGAUGCUUUGCCACCUCUGGCCUCACUUCACAAUCUGUUGACAUUGACGACGAGACCACUAUCCACUUAUGGGCUCCAAAGCCUGAUCAAACAGCCCAAGAACAAAAACCCGCGUUGCUUUUGCUUCACGGAUUCGGACCGAGCGCUAUGUGGCAAUGGCGUCGACAGGUCCAGUUCUUUACCUCUUACUUCCAUGUUUACGUUCCCGACCUGAUCUUCUUCGGGAAUUCCACAACGAAGUCCGAGGAAAGGUCCGAGAUUUUCCAGGCUGCUUCGUUCGGUAAGUUGAUGGAGAAGCUUCAAGUGAAGAAGUACCACGUUAUGGGGACUAGCUACGGAGGGUUUGUGGCGUACCACAUGGCGAAACUGUGUCCGGACAAGGUGGAGAAAGUGGUGAUAGCGAGCUCUGGAGUUAACAUGAGAAAAGCAGAUAACACGGCGUUGCUGAAGAGAGGUAAUUUGGAGAAUAUUGAGGAGAUUAUGCUCCCGGAGACCGCUACUCAGUUAAGGACUUCAAUUCGUUUGGCUGUGUCCAAGCGUUUCAACAUAAUUCCUGAAUUUCUAUUGAAUGACUUUGUCAACCAAUUGUACUCAGAUAAUAGAAAGGAGAAAAUGGAACUUCUAAGGGGAGUGACCCUUGUCGCGGAUGAUAAUACAGUCAAGGUUGUGCCCCUUCAACAGGAUGUCCUGUUGGUUUGGGGAGAUGAAGACCAGAUUUUUCCAUUGAAAAUGGCUCAUGAACUCAAGGAGCUUCUUGGGAAGAAGACGAGACUGGAAGUAAUAGACAACACAUCUCAUGUACCCCAGAUUGAGAACUCAGCACAGUUCAACAACAUUGUCAAAAACUUCCUAUGUGGGUCUUGAUCUUGAUUAUAUGCUAUCAUUAAUUUAAUUUCCUAUAUUAAAAUUGUAAAUUUCUAUGUAAUGUUGUUGGAACAUUCAAGAAUAAA